AUGCCUCCGCGCCGCCGCUCCGCCUCUGGUUACCACGGCGUUCGGGCGCGGCCGAGCCGCCGCUUCGACGCGGAGAUCCGCUCCGGCGACGAGCGGAUCCACCUCGGAACAUUCGACACGGCGCACGAGGCGGCGCGGGCGUACGACGCCGUCGCCUGGCACCUCAGACGCUUCCACCGGACGAUGAAUUUUCACGACGUCUGGACGCAGGAGCAGGCGGAGCAGCUCGAGCCGUCGUCACCGCCGUUCGCGGCGCGCAUCGCGCUGCAUAAUGGCGCGCCCGGUGAGGAGCACUUUUUACGCCCGAGCACGCGCCACAAAAUGGCGCUUCUGGCGGGGAAACUUUUACCACCGCGCGCGGUAUCUGUUUACUGCGCGCUGCAACGUAGAUCUGUUGCUGUAUUUAAGUUUAACAAAGGGACAUGA